AUGCAACGAUUUCACAACCGAGCAAAUAAUUGUUCAGCAGGUAAUCAAAACAUCUUUCGUUACGAGGUGCAUUCAUUGCAUGCAUUAUCCACAGUACCAACUAGUUUUUUACGACCGAAUAUUGUUGAGACCCUUAAUGGCUGGGGUUAUGCUGUGGAAAAAGAUCAGAGACAAGAAAAUAAAAAUUUUGCCAGCCGGCCCGUGAAUCCUGAGUAA